AUGUGUCGAUUUGCUUCCGAUUCGCCUGGAGCGGUCAAUGCCCAAUCCCGAGUUGUCCUUCCGACCAAUGUCAUUCCCAAACACUACGAUGUGACCCUCGAGGUUGAUUUCAGCAAGUUUAUUUUCGAGGGCACCGUCGUCAUCGACCUGGACGUCGCAAAAGACAGCAGUUCCAUCUCGUUAAACACCCUGGACCUUGACAUUCAUACCACAACUGUUCAUGCGGAUGGUGCCCUGGUUACUUCAUCUCCCUCCCUCUCCUACGACGCAGACACGCAGACAACAACCAUCGAGCUUGGGAACCACAUUUCAAAAGGUCAAAGGGUCCAAUUGAAGCAUACGUACACGGGUCAGUUGAAUGACAAGAUGGCUGGCUUCUACAGGUCCAAGAGGAGGGAUGGGAAGUAUCUGGCUGUCACUCAGUUUGAAGCAACUGAUGCGAGACGAGCUCUCCCUUGUUUCGACGAGCCUGCCCUGAAGGCCGAAUUCACGGUCACCCUGAUCGCGGACGAAAACAUGACUUGUCUGUCGAAUAUGGAUGUGGCUUCCACAGAGAUAGUGGAUUCCCAAAUCGCUGGUGGAAAAAGAAAGGCCGUCAAAUUCCAUCGCUCCCCUCGCAUGUCGACAUAUCUCUUGGCAUUCAUCGUGGCAGAACUCAAAUGCAUCGCUACGGAUAAGUUCCGACUGCCCAUCAAAGUUUGGAUGACGCCCGAACAGGACGAAGAUGAUGGAAGAUUUGCUCUGGACGUCGCCGCUAAAACUCUAGCGUUCUACGAAGAAGCAUUCCAGGCACCGUACCCUUUGCCAAAGAUGGACAUGGUUGCCAUCCCGGACUUCGCUGCUGGCGCGAUGGAAAACUGGGGUCUGGUGACGUACCGCGUCGUGGAUCUCCUCUUCGACCAGAAAUCGGCAGGCGCGGCCACCAAAGAACGAGUAGCCGAGGUCGUGCAGCACGAAUUAGCUCAUCAAUGGUUCGGCAAUUUGGUCACCAUGGAUUUCUGGGACGGUCUCUGGCUCAAUGAAGGCUUUGCGACUUGGAUGAGCUGGUACAGCUGUAACGAAUUCUAUCCCGAGUGGAAAGUCUGGGAAACGUUCGUCAUCGACACUUUACAAGGGGCGCUGGGCCUCGAUGGUUUACGGAGCUCUCACCCCAUUGAAGUACCGGUGCAUCGCGCGGAAGAUAUCAACCAGAUAUUUGAUGCCAUCUCCUACUCCAAGGGAUCGGCGGUCCUGAGGAUGAUCUCCAAGUAUCUUGGCGAAGAAACCUUCAUCGAAGGUGUGAGAAGGUAUAUUAAGAAGCAUGCGUGGGGUAACACCCAGACUAGCGACCUGUGGGAUGCACUUGGUGAUGCCAGCGGCAAGGACGUCGCACACGUUAUGGACAUCUGGACCAAGAAUAUUGGUUACCCCGUGGUGACGGUUACGGAAAACGAAAAGGAGUCGAGCAUUACUGUCAGGCAAAGCCGUUUCCUCAGGACAGGUGACGUCCAGCCGGAAGAGGACACGGUCCUUUACCCUGUCAUUCUCGGCCUCAGGACCAAAGACGGUGUGGAUGAGAACUUAAUGCUUACUGAACGCGAGCAAACAUUCACGAUCAAGGGCGGCUUGGACUUUUUCAAACUCAAUGCCGACCAUUCGGCACUGUACCGAACCAGCUACACGCCACAACGACUGGCGAAGCUUGGUGAAGCGGCUCAAAAGGGUCUUCUCUCGGUGGAAGACCGAGCGGGUAUGAUUGCUGAUGCUGGAGCUCUUGCCGCCAGCGGCUACGGCAAGACUUCGGGUAUUCUCAGCCUUCUGCGAUCAUUCAACACCGAGACGCAGUUUGUCGUGUGGAAUGAGAUUCUCACCCGAAUCAACGCGCUUCGAAACACAUGGAUAUUUGAGGAUGAAGCCGUCAAAGAUGCUCUCAAGGCAUUCCAACUGAAUCUCUGCUCGGCAAAGGCGCACGAACUGGGUUGGGAAUUUUCCGAUGAUGAAGAUCAUGUUCGGAGUCAGUUCAAGAGCUUGAUGUUCGGUUCUGCGGGUCUUGCUGGGGACGACAAGAUCCAGGCAGCCGCGAAAGAAAUGUUUGCCAAAUUCAUGGCGGGUGAUUAUACAGCGAUCCACCCGAAUCUACGGGCCUCCGUCUUUGCGAUGGCGGUGCGCGAUGGUGGAGUCAAAGAAUGGGAAGCCCUCGUGGCCCGAUACCAUUCGGCUCCUACUUCGGAGGAGAAGAACACGUGUUUACGAAGCCUGGGCCGGGCUAAAAGUCCGGAAUUGAUCAAGAGAACACUGGAUUUGGCCCUGGGCGGGGAAGUCAAGAUGCAAGACGUGUAUAUGCCCAUUGGUGGAUUGGGAACCACGUCAGAAGGUAUCGAAAAGCGAUGGGAGUGGAUGUGCGACCACUGGGACGAAUUGGUGAAUAAACUACCGCCCAGUAUGACAAUGCUGAGCAGUGUGGUCAGCAUCUGUGUGGCCGGAUUUACGCAUGAAACCCAAUUGGCCAAGGUGGAGGCCUUCUUCAAGAGCAAAGACAACAAAGGAUACGACCGGAGCCUCCAACAAAGUCUCGACAGUGUUAGAGCCAAGGCGAAUUGCUUGAAGAGGGAUGGGGAUGAUGUUCUCGGAUGGCUCCAAGAGAAUGGGUAUUUGGGGAAGGAGAAGAAUACCGGUGGCAAGCUAUGA